AUGAGCGGACGCGGGGACGAGACCGGUGAGAGCUCCCAGGAGCCGGCAGGAGCCGUGGAGCCCCAAAAGAGGAGACCGGGGAGACCGAGGAAACUCCAAAAAGAGCCGAGCGGAGAACCUGUCCCCAAGCGACCAAGGGGCCGCCCAAAAGGAAGUAAAAACAAGGGCCCCUCCAAGGCAGCUCAGAGGAAAGCCGAGGCAACUGGGGAGAAAAGACGCAGGGGGCGACCCAGGAAAUGGCCACAGCAAGUCGUCCAGAAAACACCCGCUCAGGAAGAAGAAGAGGAGGAGGAGGAAGAAGAAGAAGAGGCUGGGGAGUCCCCGGAGGAAGAUUAA